AACGUUAUGAUUUUCAGACAGUACAAGUGCAUAGGGUGAAUAUUUGUGUUAUCCGGCGUUAAUUUCAUCUCUCAUCUUAUGCCGCGUUCUGUGAACUACAAAGGAUCAUCCCGAAAUGGGAUUUGUUUGUAAUUCCCAUAAUCAUAAUGUCUAUAUCUAAGAGGACUGCAUUCUUAUUGAUUAUAACUGUGUUUUAGAUCUUGCAAUAUGAGAAUGACAAUUGUAAUAAGUACUCGUGUUAGGUACUGACUAUGAAGCGAACAGAAUUUUAAGUAUCCAUAUUAAUUUACCAUGGAUGAUACGGAGGAUACGAAUGCUCUUAGAGAUAAAACUAGUAUGAAAGAUGAGGAGGAGGAAGAUUCCGAGGAGACGUGUGACAGCGAGGACGAUGACGAAACGAUUGCGAGGAUACAACGUGCCCACUUCGCCCAGGCGGCUGCUAUGAAUCCGCGGCGGAGAGCGCCCGCGCGCCCCAAGCCUAUGAGCCAUAAAAGAAAAAUGGAAGCAGUUAAACACUUCCACGACUUCACUAAAAAGCUCAAAAAAGACACAGGUAUAAGAAUUCGAAGUUUAGUUGGAAACAAUAUAUUAGAAUUAAGUGAUUUUUCUAGCGACGCAAGCCAGUCAGACAGUGACGGUUUAUCUGAAGAAGAAUUUGUAGUGAAUCCCAGUGCUGUGCAAGAGUUAAAUGAAGAGGAUAAUAGUUACAUUGAUCCUGAGACAGGAGAUAUUGUGGAAAAUAAGAAAGGUGGUGAGAAGAGCGAACCACAAUCGCUUCUGCAAGUUCCAAUGGAAAAUAAACCUGAAACACAGCAAGCAGAAGAGCCAAAGACUCUUUCUAUUAGUGAUAUUAUUAAUGAAGGUGAUUUUGAUCUAACAAAAAAUGUAGAGAUAGCUGAAGUGGAAGAAGGUGAACUGUGUCCAGAGAAAUCAGCUGAUGAAUUAUUAAGUAUGAAGCAGGAAGAAAGUAGCCAAGACUUUGAUAUUACAGAAAAAUUAAAGGAAAUGGGGGAAAUUAGUGUGAAAGCAGUUAGUAAAAAAGAAGAUGAGGGAAGUGAAUUAUCAAAUGAAAAUGAAGAAAAAGGAGAAACUGAUGAAGAGAAAAAAUCUAUUAACACAAAUGCAUUGAAUGUGCGUCGAAACAUCAGAGAAGUAAUGGAUGAGAAAAAUUUAGAUGCAUCUACUCUGGCUGCUCAAAGGCAAGAGUCUGAGCGUUUGGCUCGGGUUCAAGAACAACAGAGAAUCAUUAGAGAGGUACAGAGGCAAAUAGCAUUAAACAGACAAAACAAAAUUCACCAGAAAACUUUAUCAUUAUUACAAGGUGGAUCCUCAAUUUUAAAGAAAAUGCCUGGUCAAAAAUUAAAUCUGCCAAACACAGUACUUGUGAAAAUGCCUUCAGGUGAGGUUAAGAAGACAAGUAUGAAACAAGGACAGGUAGAAGUAACUAAAAUCCCAAAGCCUACCACAUCUGGUACCAUUCCUGGGAAAUUAGGCAAAAUUGAACUCAAGACUGAUAAAAAAGAGGUAGUAGAAAUAGUUGAUAGUAGUAGUGGCGAGGAGUCAUCAUCAUCAUCGUCAGAUUCUGAUGAUUGCAUAAUGCUGUCAGACUCUGAGGUGCCACCUAGUCCAGAAGCUGAAGAAGACCCUCAUAACUCAGGAUUACAUGUGAAUGACACUUACAAUAUUCCGGAUGAACAAGGCAGAGUUUUAAUUAAUAUUGGUCAUCCAGAGAAUGAAGAGGAUAUAUUUUUGGCUCCACAAAUUGCUAGAAUUAUUAAACCACAUCAGAUUGGCGGUGUAAGAUUUUUAUUUGACAACAUAAUAGAAUCAGUUGAACGAUUUUCGACAUCAACUGGCUUUGGAUGUAUAUUAGCACACUCUAUGGGCCUUGGAAAGACUUUGCAAAUUGUUUGUUUCUGUGAUAUAUUCCUAAGAUACACAAAGUCCAAAACUGUCUUAUGUAUUAUGCCUAUUAACACAUUACAAAACUGGGUGGCUGAAUUUAACAUGUGGCUACCAGUCGAUGCGGCAAACAGUCCUUUGGCAGCCCAUGGGGAGGUCCAAUCACGCAAUUUUCCUAUUUAUGUACUUAACGAUAGUCAUAAGACACUUCAAAUGCGCGCCAAAGUCGUCAAGGAUUGGUCUACCACAGGAGGAGUACUGAUGAUAGGUUAUGAAUUAUAUAGACUUCUGAGUAUGAAAAAGGAUAAGAAACCUCGUAAGAAAAAGAAAGCUGAUGCGAAACUCGAAGCUGAAAAAGAGAAGGAGGAUAAGAAAUCUGACAAACUUGAUACUGCUAAUGAAGAUACACAGAUUUCAGAAGAAUCAAAACUAGAUAAAGAAGAUGGUGAUAUGCAAAUGAAAUUAGAAGCUGAUAACAAAGAUGACAAAAAGGAAGAUACAACCACCACUGAGGAGAAGAAACUUUUAGAUGAGAUGUAUGAAGCUCUUGUUCGUCCAGGUCCUGAUUUGGUUAUUUGUGAUGAAGGUCAUAGAAUAAAAAAUUCUCAUUCAAAUAUAUCAUAUGCUUUGAAGCAAAUGAGAACUAAACGCAGAAUAGUUCUGACUGGGUACCCACUUCAGAACAAUCUUCUAGAGUACUGGUGUAUGGUUGAUUUUGUUCGACCAAAUUAUCUUGGUAGCAAGACAGAGUUUUGUAAUAUGUUUGAACGACCAAUACAGAAUGGCCAGUGUAUAGACUCUACACCACAGGAUAUAAGACUUAUGAGAUAUCGAGCUCAUGUCCUGCACUCUUUACUUGUGGGGUUUGUUCAAAGGAGGUCACAUGCAGUAUUACAGUCUACCUUGCCACAAAAAGAAGAGUAUGUACUCUUAGUGCGUAUGACACCACUACAGAGAAAAUUGUAUGAUAGAUUCAUGAAUGAAGUGGUUCGGUCCACAUCUGUUCCCAAUCCAUUGAAGGCAUUUGCUAUUUGUUGUAAGAUUUGGAACCAUCCAGAUGUAUUAUUUAAUUUCCUUAAAAAGCGUAGUGAAGUAAACGCUGCUAUAGAAGAAGAUUUGGAUCUAGAAGAGUUAAGGGGGGUGACAAAAACUGGCCGCGCAAGGAACAAGGGACCGCCACGUCGGGCUGCUAAACCUAGGGGUAAUUCGAAAAAGCCAGCUGCAACCAUUCCGCCUAAUACUACAACUCCGGCGCCACCUCGAGCAGACUCUAAAGCGUACGGAAACCAACCGUACCCACCUAAUGGACCAUAUGGUCCUCAUAAUGCGUAUAGAUCAGAUCAACCUGGUAGUUCCUUUCCUCCAUAUCCUAACUACCCAAAUCAAGGACCCGGAUAUUACCCUUCGAACCAGAAUUAUAAUCAAAACUAUGAUAAUAGUUAUUAUCAACAGCAACAGCAACCACCUUAUAAUAAUGAUUAUCGUAAUCAGUAUCAUCCAAGUAAUUCCGAUUGUACUUCAGGGUAUAAUCAGAACUACUGGGGAAAUGGCAACUAUUACGGUAAUAGUAAUCCUAGUGGAUAUCUAGUGGAUAAUUCACAAUAUCCUAAUAGUCAACCACCACCCGAUUAUAGAAACAACCCUCCUCCAAAUUACAAUAAUCCCCAGCAAUAUCCACCGAACUACAAUGCACCUUCAGGAGAGCAAUCUUAUCCUGAAAAUGCAAUGCAACCUUAUUCAGCGCCUAAUCAAGAACCGUAUGGAAAUCAACAACGACCUCCAUAUCCGCCAUAUAAUCAACCAGGAUACCCAGAAUAUAAUUCUAAUGCUCCACCACCAUAUCAAAAUAAUGCUCCACCCCAAGAGUAUUCGAAUAAUCCUUACCCACCUCCGGCAUAUGCCGGUAAUUCGUCAUAUCCACCAAACACUUCGGAUACAUUCAAUCCGUAUGACAGUUCCCAAAAUUAUCCAGGUUAUCCGAAUAAUCAAAAUAAUGUGCCGCCUGUACAACCUCCUUCAAGUAUACCUAGCCAACCAAUAAAAACGGAAUCAACUAUUGCACCAAACUUUUCAUCAAAUGAAACUAAACCGGAACCUAAUGUAUCCCAAAUUGUAACAUCUGCACCAUACGGAGACCCCAGUUAUGGAUAUCAAACAAAUACUUCAAGCUAUCAUGAACAACUAGAAAAUAUUAACGGUAAUUAUCCAUGUCAGUAUCCUAACUUCCCACCACAUUUGGAGACUAAACCUCCAUUGGGAAGUGCUAGUUCUGGAAGUCCAGUUACGUCAUGGCCAAUCACAGAACUUAAGACCGAGAUUGACAAAUUAAAAAAUGAGGAAAAAAUUGAAAUGAAAUCCGAGUCAGAUGGUGAAGUUAAAAUAGAAGAUUUAGAUACGAAAAAAAUUGUUAAAAAUGAAAUUAAAAAACAUCCAACAGAAAUUGUUCCACUUAAUAAUAGCAAUCCUGAAAUUUUAAAGUUAAAGGAUAAAGAGGAAAAAACUGAUGCUUCUGAGUCAGAAGAAACGGAAACUCCAAAGAAAGGAAAAUCUAAGGCUAAACGCAAGGAAAGUAAGAAGCCAGAAAAGGUUAAACCCAAGAGUAAAUCUAAAGCUAAAGGCAGGAAAGACAGAAAAAAGUCGAAGGAGAAAAACGAUAAUGAGUCAGAAUCUGAAGAGAGUGAGAAAGAGGAUAAACCUAAUAGAGAAGAAGAGUUAGCUAUGGUAAAAAAGGCAGAAGAAAUGACUUAUGAUUGGGCGGCUGAAUUGUUGAAAGAUUAUAUACCGGGCAUAAUUGAAAAUUCCGCGAAGAUGAAAUUAUUUUUUUAUAUCCUGAACGAAAGUAUUAAAUUAGGUGACAGAAUACUGCUGUUCAGUCAGAGUUUGUUUACAUUGAAUCUAAUUGAAGAUUUCUUAGAAAAGAAUUACAUUCCUGGAACAAAUUGCUUGUGGGAACGGAACACAAGUUAUUAUCGAUUAGAUGGAUCUACACACGCUCUUGAACGGGAGAAGCUUAUAAAUGAGUUUAAUACCAAUCCACAUAUCUACCUGUUUCUGGUAUCAACGCGCGCUGGCUCGCUCGGGAUCAACCUCGUGGGUGCAAAUCGUGUCAUCGUAUUCGACGCUAGCUGGAACCCUUGCCACGAUACACAGGCCGUCUGUAGGGUUUAUAGAUAUGGUCAACGAAAACCUUGUUUUGUGUAUCGUUUUGUGAUGGACUGGUGCCUCGAAAAGAAAAUCUACGAUCGUCAAAUCAACAAACAGGGUAUGGCGGACCGUGUUGUUGAUGAGUGUAACCCAGAUGCAGUAUUGUCUAUGAAGGAAAUCACUAAUCUCUGCUUCGAUAAUGACGAGAAGGAAUCCGAACCAAAGGAUCUUUCAGGAUUUAAAGACAAGUAUAUAGAUGUACUGAUGCAGGGGAUUAUAUCUGAACAUGGAAAACUACUCAGCAAGGAACCAUUCCAACAUGAAUCGCUACUAGUCGACAGGAAGGAAAAGAAAUUAUCUAGUGCUGAAAAAAGACUUGCACAGAGAGGGUACGAGUUGGAGAAGAAGGCAGCGCUGGCACCGAAGCCGGCGGCGGCGUACCGCACGGUCCGGACGGCGGACGGCAGCUUGGUGCAGCGUCCGGUGGCCUCCGUGCGGCCCAUGCAGCACGGCGCGCGCUGGAUACCAGCCGACGUCUGGCGGCGGCAGGGCAUGACUGCGCAGGAGAUGACGCUGCCGCUUGAUGUAGUAAUACCAACAAAUUCUGCUGAAAAAACGAAUAUAGUACUGAAAGCUGGUCAACGUGUUAUGGUGUUAAAAUCACCAAAAGGAAUUUACAUGCAGCUGGAAUCUGGCAAAAUUAUUGCUAUCAAGACUUCAUUUAAAGGCUUAGGACAAAAAGGAGGAGAUGGCAAGGACAAUCCAAUAGGCAAAAAAGUUUUAGGUGGUCGUCCAACAUCUACGAAUAUACCUGGUUCGCUUAAAAAUAAUUCAGCAAUAACAAUCACAUCUAAAACUGCGUCUAGACCAGGUUAUCAACGAGUAUUAGCUAGACCUUCCAUGGCUGGACAAAACAAGUUAGCUAGACCUUUACUCCCAGGUCAAAAGAUUGCCGAUAUAAGGAACCGCUUAGGAGAAUUAAGAGGAUAUUCUGGUAUGCGCCCGAGAACGCCUAUUCAGCAUGGAAGGAUCAUGCGACCCAAUUUAGGAUCUGUUAGUAUAACAAAGAUACCUAAAGAUACUAAGAAGUUGGAUAAUGAUAACAUUGAAAAUAAUACCUCAAAUAAAAUGAACAUUGGUUCUGAAGAUGAUACACAAGUAUUAGAUAGUGAUGAUGAGGUUUCCCAUAAAAAUAAAGCAGAAUCAUCAUCUACUAAUAAUUUUAAAAAUAACGAUAGUACAAUUGAACAUUCAGAAGAUUCUAAAUCUUCUGAUGCAACAGAAAAACCGAAGAGUGAAUUUGAAUCGAAAGGAUUAAAUUCAAUAGUUCUUACAACAGAUGAAAAAUUGCCUUCGGAAGAAAAUUUAGAAAACAAAACGGGGGAUCGGUCUAUGGACAUGACAAUGGCAGCGCGCGAAAAACUUGAACAAUUUGAAUCUAUGAAUCCAGCAGAACCUGCUGAGAGAAAAACCAAUUUAUUGAAAAAUUAUAGGCAUCAACGCUUGAGCACCCGACCACAGACUGAAUCAAGUUUAAGUCAACUGGAGAGAACUGCAAGUGUCCUGAAUAAAGAAGGAUUGCCCGAUUUUCGUAGAAACUUAGAUGAUAUAACACAAUCCUACUCUCCUAGUACCGACGAAAAACCUAGCUCUAAAUCUAAAAAGAAAAAAUCACCAAAUAAAGCAGAAGUCUCAGCUGAAUCUCCAAUUAAUGAAAGGCAACUUCCAUCAAAUUCCACCAUGUCCCAUAGUGUAUCAAAUCUCUUAAGUUCAGGUACUACAUCGCAAAAAUCUAGAAAAAAUGAGCUAAAUACCGCUCCUAUUGCGCCAGUAGAAAACGCUGUUCUGAAUUCCCAACCUAGAUUAAUGAAUAGGCCUCCAAUGCCUAGUGGACCGCAUGAUUUGUCGAUGAGUGGAAUGUCCCAUCCACAUGUACUUACGAGCCCUGGUAAACCACAGCUAAUACAACCACUACCUAAUGUGGUUCACAACAGUAUGGAUGUCACAACCAAUUCAACGUCUCCGAAUAUACCUCACCCUCCGAGCCCUAUGACACCGCAGGCAUAUCCUCCUACCAAUCCCCCACCAGAGGGUCAUUACGGACAAUACCCAGCUUAUGGGAUGCCGUACGGAGCAUAUCCAAACCCGGCUUAUUACGGCGGGUAUGGCGCCGCGGGAUAUUACGCUCCGUAUAGAGCGGGAGCACCGCCGUACGCGGGAGCUGCUGCGGGCGCGGCCGCGGGGCCGGGUGUGCCACCGAUGAACGCACCCGAGGCUUACUUACCGCCUAAUCCGCAGUGGUAAACUUCGUGACUGCACCAUCCACUACCGAUACCGGGAACAUUAUACCGGACGGCGAGUCCCAAGUGCGGAGUGACUGAUUAUUACUUACGUUGAUUACGUACAAUAGUGUAGUGUGGCUUUAAAUUAACGUUAUUGUGACGAUGCCUGUUAACGAACUCGGCGGUAAGCGAUUUUUGGGUCGUGUUAGAUUGAUAUUUCUGUAUGGAUAUUUUAUCUGUUUUGAUCGUAAUUUUUCCUCAAUAUAAGAAAUCAUUAAUUCUAUUCUUGUUAAACACUUCAAUCACUUGUUAAAGUAACAAAACCGUGAUACUCAAAUUUCAAAUUUAUUUC